AUGAAUUCCUAAUUAAUAUAAAAAAAAAAUUGCAAUAAAAUAUAAUUUGGAGGCGGUUUUAUUUUAUUAUAAACAAGUGAUGGUUAAGUAUAUGGUUUAGGUGAAAAUUAUAAGGGAUAAUUAGGAAUAGGAGAUUUAGGCUUUAAACAUUAAUUUUCAAGAAUAGUUUUUGAUACUUAAGAAUAAAUUAUUGAUAUAUCAGCUGGAUAUUAACAUUCCAUAUUUUUAACUUAAUCUGGAUUUUUAUAUGGAACUGGAAGGUCAAAUUGGCAUUAAAUUGUUCCUUAUUUAAAUGAUAAUUAAUAAUCAAGAGAAUAUAAUGAUUAUUACACAAAUCCGAAAAGAAUGGUAAUUCCCAAUGAAAAAGUUGUAAAACUUUCAGCUGGAUUUUCACAUACAAUUUUUUUGACUGUUUCUGGCAAAUUGUUUGCUUUAGGUUUAAAUAAUCAUGGAUAAUGUGGUACUUCUAAUUUAAAUAAUACGACAAUUGAUCAGUUUAAUGAAAUUUAUGUUGAUUUAGAUUAUAAUGAAAAAAUUAUUGAUUUAGCAGCUGGAAAAAGUCAUAAUAUAUUUAUUACAAACUAAUGCAGUCCUAAAUAAGUUUUUAUAGAAAUGGAAAAUGGAGAAUUUCCUUUAAAAGUAAAGGCUAAAUUUGAUAGAAAUGCAGUGUUUACAAAUUUCGGUAAUUGUUAUGUAUGGGGAGGAGAAGAUUUAAGUAAAAUUGGAGCAGAAAAUUACUCAGAAAUAAAGAAUAUAAGAAAGGAUUUAUAAAGAGAUCUUAAAACAAAUGAAGAUUUUUAAAUAAAGGAUAUAGGAUUAGGAUAUUUACAUACAUUAGUAUUAGUAUGA